AUGUCCCAUUUCAUUUUCGUUUCUACAACAUUGAUCUCUUUCCAUCUCUCCAGCCAUCUCUGUCAUGGUCGAGGCAUUCAGAAACACUCUUCUCUUUAUACCACUCUACCUUCGUACUUAAUACUCAAUAUCCUGAUUACCGAUUAUUUCUGCGAGCCAGACAGCAUUCUCAAUCCCGAAUGGGAUCCACUCGAGUUCGAGCCUGAGGGAGAGCAUUCCGAGAUUUUGUGCCAGCCAAUCGGGUGCAUUCGAGUCAUAUGUCUGAAGCCCCGUCGAGCCAAUAGUCCAAACCGUUGGACCUUUUUUCUGUCCACAUCCGUGGAAAAGCUGACGGCGGUAAGGUUGCAUUGUCACCCAACCUACGAACGCGAAACUACUGUCCUCGAAAAUGGGUCCAAAGCCAAUAUUUUGUUUCAAAAGAGAACAACCCCGGUCCCACCCAAUGGGGAGAUGACCUUCGUUUUGAGUGUGAACCCCGGGUUCACGGUGGGGAAGAUUCACGAGAUCAUCGUUGUGAUUAACCGGCACAAAUACGAUAUUGAUAAUGAUGGUUGGAAUAGCCGAACCUGGGUUUAUGACCAAAUCGAUCUCUUCAGCCAACACGGUAUCUUCGCCAACCAGGACGAGGUUGCAUUAUGUGACGAAAAGAAGCCAGCAUGCUCCAAAUGCAUCCAUCAUGCUAUUGAGUGCGACUUCCUCUCGACCUCAGGUAUAUCAUCAGCUUCAUGCUCUUCAGCACCAUCCCCUUCGAAUUCUUCAAAAGCACAAUUUCGAUUCAAGCCCUCUAAAUACCAAUCUGAGGAACCCAAGACCAAGCAUGAUACAGGCCAGCCAUCUGCGCCGACAGUCUCAACGGAAGUCCACUGCAAAAGCCCCAGCGCUUUAUCACAGAGUCAGGACACCCUCUCAUUCGCCGACCUACGACUUUUCCAUCAGUUUGUUACAGAAACCUACCGCACUUUGGCAGACGAAACAACUGACCACAAUCGCGUUUGGCAAACUCACCUUCCACAAUGGGGAUUCGCCUCGCCGUCUAUCUUCCACCUGAUAUUGGCGCUGGCAGCCUUGCAUUUGGGCUAUCUCUAUCCCGAGGUACGAAACCAGUAUGUGAGACAGGCAGAUGAUCACUUCACGUUUGGCAUUCGAUCCGUGUCAGCAAUUUUAUCGAGUCUCGACUCGGAAAACUGUCAGUCAAUCUAUAUGUCGACAGUGCUGAUAUGUUUCGUCUAUUUCGCACACGGUCCAAAACCUGGUGAAUACCUUGUUUUCAGCGAGACGGGUAAGGCUGAAUGGCUCGUUCUUAUGAGAGGAGUGAGAUCGAUUUUGACGUCUAGCCAUGACCAAAUCUUCACCGGAGUCUUACAGAUUCAACCUGAUCCUGCUAUUCAGGGGGUCAAUUCGUUGUUACGAGACGAGCUCCGGGAACAUCAGUCUCAUAUUCAAACACUCCAAGAUUUUAUCGAAACUCAUACUGGCGGGGGUUUCAUGUGUCAGAUCGACGUUGAUGCACUGGAAAACCUGCUGGAAAUGUUUGAGCAAGCAUACCAGUGUCGAAGCGCUGGGAAGGACGGUGUUAUCUUGAUGCCCUUUGUCGUUGGGUGGAUCUACAGACGGCCGGAGGAGUUCAUCAGUCUCCUUGAGGAGAAGGAGCCACUCUCAUUGAUUGUGCUUGCUUAUUGGUGUAUUCUUUUGAAGUUCAUGAGAUCCUCAUGGCUUAUGAUUGCUUGGGACCGACAUGUCAUCACAGGAAUUCGGGAGUCUCUGGCACUUGAAUUCCACCAAUGGAUUGAGUGGCCUGUCAGUGUGAUUUGCGAUUGA